GCUAAUAUUGAUGUGAAGGUCGUCAAGGUGUUUUAUUCAUAUAGCUAUAUAUAUGCAGGUUGACAUUUGAACUGCUUCAGCUUUGGAGGAAGAAAGAAGAAUACAGCGUUUGCCGCAUUAUUCAGAAGGGUUCUUCUGCAGAUUCUACUUUCUGAUGGGAGCAAAAAGCUCGAAAGAUUCGAGUGUGAGACAGUUUUCGCACAGAGGAUCAACUGCAACUUCUUCAUGGAAUCAGCAUGGCUACUCUGAGCCAUCACACCCUCCACACAACACGUAUCAUACACCGCAGCAUCGCUACGCUCCUUCGCCGUCUUUUAACCGUGUGUCUCAGCCAGUUACAGCUCCCCAGCAUCGAAGGACUUUGCAUAAAAGUUACUCAAGGAUUGCUGAUAAUUAUCGUUCUUUGGAUGAGGUUACUGCUGCUCUUUCACAAGCUGGCCUAGAGUCGUCUAAUCUGAUAGUUGGUAUUGAUUUCACAAAGAGCAAUGAGUGGACAGGUUCGAGGUCAUUUCACCGGAAAAGCUUGCAUCACAUUGGAAAUGUUCAAAAUCCUUACGAACAAGCGAUCUCAAUUAUCGGGAAAACACUAUCUGUCUUUGAUGAAGAUAACCUGAUUCCGUGCUUUGGAUUUGGAGAUGCAUCUACGCAUGACCAGGACGUCUUCAGUUUCUAUGAGGACGACCAAAACUGUAAUGGAUUCGAGGAAGUAUUGACGCGAUAUAGAGAGAUCGUUCCCCAUCUUCGACUUGCAGGACCCACAUCUUUUGCACCCAUUAUUGAGAUGGCCAUGACUAUUGUCGAGGAAAGCGGAGGCCAGUACCAUGUCUUGCUGAUCAUUGCCGAUGGCCAGGUGACAAGAAGUGUUGAUACGCAUCAUGGUCAUCUCAGCUCACAAGAACAAAAGACAGUUGAUGCAAUUGUAAAAGCAAGCGAGUACCCAUUGUCUAUAGUCUUAGUGGGAGUCGGAGAUGGCCCUUGGGACAUGAUGAGGGAAUUCGACGACAAUAUUCCUGCUCGAGCAUUUGAUAAUUUUCAGUUUGUGAAUUUUACCGAAAUCAUGUCAAGGAAUGUAGAUAUAUCCAGAAAGCAGAGAGAGUUUGCUCUUGCAGCCUUGAUGGAAAUACCUUCUCAGUACAAAGCAACCCUAGAGCUUGGAAUAUUGGGAGGACGCAACGGGAGUUGUCCAAACAGGGUUCCCCUUCCUCCACCCCAUAAUGGUGCAGUCUCAGCAGGCAGCAACUCAAGACGUUUCAGCUCGAGCAAUAGUUUUCAGCAGAGAUCAGCUCCUUAUGCUGGAUAUAACUCAGGAGCCAGCACACCUUCUCAUCUAGGAUAUGCUGGAUAUAACUCAGGAGCCAGCACACCUUCUCAUCCAGGAUAUGCUGGAUAUAAUGCAGAAGCCAGCGCACCAUCCUAUACGGGAUAUGAUAGUCAGGUUUGCCCUAUUUGUCUUACUAAUCCAAAGGACAUGGCCUUUGGAUGUGGGCACCAGACUUGUUGCGACUGCGGAGAAGACCUUCAGUCGUGCCCGAUUUGCCGGAGCGGAAUCCAAACUAGAAUAAGACUCUACUAGUCAUGUGUGUUUUAUGCGCAUCUUUGAAAAAAUUUACCAUGAAAGCUGGAUCAAAUGGUUUACAAUGCUGGAAACUUAUGUGACGUGCAGGAGCGGACGAUCUUAGUCGAUGCGUGUUCUUGCACCUUGGAAGCCUGUGUCUCAUAUAUGAACCGCCUGAUUUGUCGUGCUUGAUGACCUUGUUUAUAACUGUAUACAAGGAAUUUCAGGUUUUCUAGUGUGACAGUAGUUUUGAGAUUCGAAAGAGAGUGAGUUUUUGAUACUUGAUGUUGAAUCACUGCAAUUUUUUUCCUGAUUAAUGAUUAGAUGACAGUGGUGAGAUACCAUUGAUGUU